UGACAGUUCUUUUACACAUCAUGAAGUGAAACGUAAACAGUGCGAAUAUUUGCUGCAAUUCGUCGGUACGAUUUUACUCCUUUCGAAAACCAUGGAUUAUGAGAAUGAAAAAGUGUUGAAACUGGUGUUUCCUGAUAAAUAUGAAGAUAUCCUCAACAGCGAAAAUGCCCCAGAAGUUAUGGACUAUAUGUUCAAGCUUGGUUCCUACAAAGUGGACCAGCUGAAGAAGGAAAAGAGCCGCUUGCAAGACGAAAACAAACAGAAUGUGGAGCAGACUCAAGAGUUGGCCGUCAACAAUUACAAAACCUUCAUCCAAACGGCAGAAUGUUCCCGGGAAAUCUACCGGAAGUUUGUCCAGACGGAGGAGCGUGUGGAUAGUCUGAGCAAAAAGUUGCCUAACUUUGCGGAAACUUGUCAGAAGUUUUUGGACUCGUCCAGCAAUAUUAAUAGUGCUCGAAGGUUGAACUCAUUGACCUUGACGCGUAAUGCCGAGCUGUUGGAAAUUCUGGAACUUCCCCAGUUGAUGGAAACUUGCAUACGGGAGGGCAAAUACGAGGAAGCAUUGGAAUUGGCUGCCUAUGUGCAGCGAGUUGGUAGUAAACAUGGAAACAUUCCCAUUAUUGCGAACAUUCGAUCAGCGGUGGAAGCAGCGUGGCAUACCAUGUUGGUUCAGCUUCUGUCUCAGCUGCGAACUGAUCUACAGCUUCCGAAGUGUCUGCAGGUGGUCGGCUAUCUGCGGAGAAUGCAGGCGUUUUCAACGGCCGAGUUGAAACUGAAAUUCCUUCAAAUUAGAACCGGAUGGUUCAAAGAACUGUUGGCAAAGAUCCCACAAGAUGAUGCUCACGUUCAUCUGACGAAAACCAUCGAGGCUACCAGAGUACACCUGUUCAACAUUAUCACCCAAUACCGUGCUAUCUUUCCGGAGGAUGAAGACGCCGUUUCCGGUUUGUCCACCAUAACGGUGGAACACAGCGCAGCUGAUGGUAGUAAAAUAUUCCACAGCUGGCUACACGACCAAAUCGUUGACUUCAUCAACGUGUUGGAGAAGGAUCUUGCUUCGAACGACAUCAACUCUUACGAUACCAUUCUUGGCCAGUGCAUGUACUUCGGAUUGUCUUUCAGUAGGGUUGGGGUAGAUUUUCGAUCGCUCAUUGCUCCUGUAUUCAUCAAAGUUAUCUCGCAGAAUUUUCAAACUACUGUCGUGAGGAUCACACGACAAUUUGAGCAAGAAAUCGAACGUUAUACCUUAAUCAAUAAGGUCCCAAAUGCGAUCAAACGAUCAAAAUCGGUUGAUAAGUCUGACACCGGGAAUCACCCGCCCGAAACCUUGCUAGAUUUCACUCCACUAGCAUUGUACUGCAAUGAAAUUUUGACCGUGUUCAACGAGCUUCGUCUAUGUGCACCAAUUGCGUUGGCGCCCACGGUCACCGAAAUCCUCGAGGCUUCCCUCGAGAUCGUUUGCAAGAACAUCCUCUCUUUCUACCGCCAGGAGCAGCAAGCAUUCACCGCAUCCGAGCGGGAAUGCUUCAUACGUUUCUGCUCGUGCUUUGCGUACGACCUCAUUCCAUACCUGCAGCGGUGCGUCCAUUUCAUCUUUCCCCCGGCGACCAUCGCCAACCACUUGGGAAUCAACGUGCUGACGUUGCAAAAGCACGGUAUCACCUAUUUCCGACAGAGGAAAAUCCUGGAACCGAUAGAGUACCUGCUGCCGGACAAGAUGGAAGCCGUUAUCAAACAAGUGGGCGAAAUAAGCGUUGGAUCGCAGCGAAUUGCAUCUACCGCGCAGUCUGUGCCAUCAGGCGAUGAAGGUCAAACGAUGAACCCAUCGGGCGAGGAUGAUAAGGUUGGCGAAAUGUCGUCAGCAGGCGCCAGUUCCAGUGAAGGUAUUCUGGAGGAGUGAUUAUUUUUGAUACGAAAUCGGACGUGGUAAUCUUAUCUUAUAUCGAGAUGGUGUCGUGAUUUCUGAUAAGCCAGCACAGCUGGAUUUAAAAACAGAUGAUGAAAAAACAGUGCCCGAUAAUAUGAUUUGGGAUAGAUGCUAAUAACGGAAAGUUGUAACCCGUGUAUAAUUUUCACAUAUUCGAGUUUAAUAAAGAAACGAUUAUUACUCUAAGCUUAA